CGCUUCUACGAUCAGUCUUGUGUUGAACGGUGGUUAUUAAGUUUGCAAAGAUGUGGUUCCUCUCUAUGGAAGUUUUUGUUGCACUGCUGGUGCUACUAGGGGCACUAGUAUACUUCAUCGUACGGAAGCAAUCCUACUGGAAAGAUCGUAACGUACCUCAUCCAAGUCCCACGUUUCUCAUCGGCAGUUUUAAAGAUGCAUUCUCUAAGGUGCACUUCUCGGAAUAUUUGGAACAGUAUUACACGAUGUACAAGGGUAAACAUCCAUUCAUGGGCGUUUACAUGCUUGUAUCACCUGUUGUCAUUGUAACUGAUCUGGAGUUGGUAAAAUCAAUCCUGGUACGAGACUUCCAAUACUUCCACGAUCGUGGCACGUACCAUAACGAAAAGCAUGACCCAUUGACAGCUCAUCUGUCUAAUUUGGAGGGUCAAAGAUGGAAACACCUACGAAAUAAAUUGUCGCCCACAUUCGCGUCCGGUAAGAUGAAGAUGAUGUUUCCGACGGUUGUGGCUGCUGGUAAACAGCUGAAGGAAUUCAUGGAUGAAAAUGUCCAGAAGAACAGUGAGCUCGAGAUGAAAGAUAUUAUGGCCCGUUUUACGACGGAUGUAAUCGGGACGUGUGCGUUCGGCAUCGAGUGUAACAGUAUGCGUAACCCCAAUGCAGAGUUCCGAGCGAUGGGAAAGCAGUUUGUGGAUAGACCUCCAUCGCAGUUCGUAAACUUAAUGAUUCAGGUUUCUCCAAAGUUGAGUCGGAUGAUGGGGAUCAGGCUGAUCGAUAAGGAAGUGUCAAAAUUCUUCCUUAAAGUAGUCAAGGACACUAUCGACCAUCGGGUGAAGAACAGUAUACAGCGAAAUGACUUCAUGGAGCUGAUGAUUCGCAUGCUUCAGAAUACGGAAAACCCAGAAGAAUCGCUCACAUUCAACGAAGUAGCUGCACAAGCGUUUGUGUUCUUCUUCGCCGGCUUCGAAACGUCCUCUACCCUUCUGACCUGGACAUUAUACGAGCUGGCACUGAAUCCCGAGAUACAGGAGAAGGGUCGUAAGUGUGUGAAGGAGAUUCUGGAGAAACAUAAUGGAGAGAUGACGUACGAGGCUAUUCUGGACAUGAAAUACUUGGAUCAAAUUUUAAACGAAACCUUGCGCAAGUACCCUCCAGUUCCGAUGCAUUUCCGAAUGACAACUCAGGAUUAUCACGUACCGAACACAGACUCCAUCAUCGAGGCCGGCACGCGAGUAUUGAUUCCCAUCUUCGCUAUUCAGCGUGAUCCGGAUAUAUUUCCCGAGCCGGAAAAGUUCGACCCAGAACGGUUCAGUCCAGAAGAAGAAGCGAAACGCCAUCCGUUUGCUUGGAUUCCGUUUGGCGAAGGUCCGAGAGUUUGCAUUGGGUUACGGUUCGGCAUGAUGCAGGCACGAAUUGGAUUAGCCUAUCUGUUACAGGGCUUUAGCUUUACGCCGUAUGAAAAAACCUCCGUCCCCAAGAAGUUUAUUAAAAACAAUAUUUUCUUAUCACCAAAGGAUGGCUUGUGGUUAAAGGUUAAUAAAUUGUAAUUGAAGUAGAUCGUAUUUAUUCACGUUUAUUUGUAAACUAUUAUAUUCACAGUUAUAGAAGGAUAUUGAAGAAAUGAAAGGACCUCUUCAUUGAUGGCCAUGGUGAUAUCCUACUAUCUGUUUUCAAAGAGGAUCAUCUCUCUUUGUGAUAUUAAUGUAAAAGCAUGCAGUUUUAAGAUCCGUUCGAGCGUUUCUCAGGCGUCGUUUUCGGUGAUGCGUAAUGACCUCAGAAGAGCAUUACUUGGAGCAUUGUCUGUACAUAAAACAUGCUGGUUAUUGCCCUUUAAAAGAGAGAGAAAAAGAGAAAAAUUCAACAGAUUUACAGGAAGGGGUAAAUGAAGAGCGAAUUCGAGUAAACAAACUUGUUCGCGCGCGAGCAUAUUCUACACACAAAAAACGCAUGUUUUAACGAUACGCUUUUGAAUGUAUGCAGUCAUACGUAACAUUGCCAAACAUUCAAUUUAUCUUAUCAAUGUAUAGGCGCGAUGCAUUAUUUUUUUUCUAUAUUUAGCGGUUAGAACAUCACUUUAGAAACACAGUUUACGUCGCUUCGCCAUCGUGUGAAUCGAACACACCAACACCAAGAUCGCGAUGCUAACGUAUAAAAUAAUCUGCGCCUCUUGCCAUACUGUCAAUUAGUCUUGCUUCGCACGGCAUUGGUG